CAGUGAACGGUUUAAUGAGGUAAACGAUCCAUCUACAUACUUGAUACUAUUGCCGAUGAUUUGGAGAACACAGAAGAAUAGCUUUGGUUGGUUAGAGGGACGGGAUGAAAUGGAAAGUUUUGUGGUAUUAAUAGACCAUUAAAUCUUAGGUGUCACGACUGAUGAAAAAAGGCAACUUUUCAAAUUUUGCCUUGGAUUUGAAAUGUCGCCUGAUGGAUUUGGAGUACACGCAAAAGCGAAUAUCGCAUGAUGAGGAAAAGGCGCAGUGUAAUAUAUCGGUAGAAGCUAUGCAGCAGGCCAUCACAGUCACGCGACUGAUGAUCGACACUGUCGAAUCGUACCUUGUUCAAUUACCGCAUGAAUCGAUCCCGGAAUUGUUAUCGGAAUACAGCAGCACGACUGGCGGCAGUGGAUCCAGGAAAGCAUCGGAUGGUUUUAUAUUACCAGCCACGCCCAACUCUUUGCCUGAAACGCCGACAAGCGAGAAUAUUGCGAAACAGCAUGAAGGAUCGGUGUUUCCGCUACUGGCAUUAAUGCCGCAAGGUCAUGAGGAUCAAGUGAAAUGUCUAUUUGAGGAACAGCGAGGAGAUUAUGAGCCCAAGUUUGUAGAUACAUUACAUCCAGUAGCGCAUUUUGAACGCAAACUAAGAUCACUUGCUCAGCUCUGCCAAGAACCCAAGCAACAACAACAACAACAGCAACAGCUACCAUAUCAAAAACGUACUAGUUUGCCAGCAACAGUGAUCCCACUUGUAUCCGCUAUCGAGCCCCCUAGAAAUAAUAGCAGUAGUAGUGUGGAAGACGAAGAGCAAUUGAAGCCGACAUUUGCAAGCACGAUUACCCAGGACAUGUAUGCUGAGGCGAUCAAAUAUAUGACUGAGAUGACGCAUGAUUUUGGAUACAGCAGCGAGAUAUUGGAUCUGAUUGAGGAUGAGGAAAUGUAUCUGCAGCCACCUUCUGGAGUUUUACUAGUGGGUCGGACAUUUGUCAUGAAUAUGAAGAACCCGCAGCUGAGACAACAGCAAGCACAGCAACAGCAAGCACAGCGGGAGCCAAUCAUGACAAACGAGGAAGAGCGCAAUGAAAGCGAACAAGAAGAGGAAGAAGAAUCCAGCCUGCCCGAGAAAUGUGCGCAUAGCAUCCUUUGGCAUCAUCAUGACUACGACAGUGAGGACGCUACUAGUCAAAGCCCCGGCGUGCAGCAUCUCGAAACACUCAACCAACUUGGUGACACGCUUCCUCAUUUGAUUUUUGCUCUUUUGACAGGCCGGCCUGUUGUUGUCAUGAGUGACGUGUGCAGUAAACAACGUGUCCAGAACACGGUUCGGGCACUUUCUGCAUUUGUACCCAGCCAGCCCAAAAAACCAACAUCCUCAACAUCAACAACAACACAGCAGCAGCAGCAGCAGCAGCAGCAGCCAGACAUGCUGCUAUGCCACUGGUUUGAAAAGGACAAAUUAACGGAUACUGAACUGGAUUCCAUCAAGCUCGUGGGAGCAGCCAAAGCCAGCAUUGAUGCAAGCAUCUACAAAUUGGAUAUCAGCUGCCUGGACAUAUCCGACGAGCGGCAUCCAAACCUUGUCACUAGUCCACUUUAUCUUGACGGCUACUGGAUCAACCAAAUCGUGGAUCGUCUCCAGUACUUCACUUCGGACAAAUCCUGGUUUGCUUAUCUGCAAACAGUCUUUAUGGCCAUGGCGUUAAAGGCUUAUAUAUACCAUCACAUGUAUUCCAUGGAAACACAACGGCUCAGUAGCACAACAGUAACUUCACUUACAGCAGCUGCAGCCGCAGGUCUGGAUGAAUUAAACAACAACAAUUUCAAGACAACAACAUCCAAAAGCGAUUAUUGGGACUCGUCGUCGUCAGAAGGUAGCGGGCUUACCAAAAAGUGGAGCGUACGGCGGAUCAUGAGCUAUUUACGGCGGAUAGAGGAGCGCGAGGAUGGUGCUAACAACAGUGAGGCAUUGACAACAGUGGUGGAGGACAAGAGUGCUCUUGAUCCCAUUGCUGCUGCUGCUGCUGCUCCUCCUCCUACAUCUAUCCUGCCACCAUCGUCGUCGUCGUCCGACGUAUACCAUAACAACAAAAGCAACAGCAAGUGGGACGAUGACGAAGCAGAGUCAGAUGAAAGUAGUACGGACGGCAUGACGUUAAAUGAACGUCGGGGUCGAAGAUUCCUUGAGCAGAAGCUCGGUAUUCAUGGCGACGAUCAAAACAUUGUUAUAUACUUUUCCAGUUCCAUUUUGUAGAAAAACAUCAUCGAGCAUCCCACGCUUCCAUUAUUCUUCUCCAUUACCCUCAUUUGCUUUCUUUCCACACCUCGAGAUAUUUACCCCCACCCCCAAGCAUUGCGUGUAACCCAAUCCAAAUCCCAAUUAGCUGUCAAUCAUGCUGAUCCGUUUUGCGUAUACCAUAAUAAGAAGUAAAUGAGAAUUUUUGAAACAUGGAUG